AUGAUAGCAACAGCGUUCCAGCUCAGCCACAGCCACCUUCUCUCCUCUCGCCUCUUCCCGGUAUAUAGUUGCACCUCGGGAGGCUCUGCUGGUGCCACCACAUCCGCACCUCCCAUGGAGACCUCAGGAGACUCCGAGGCGGCUUCCGAUCCCGUCGCGGAGGACGACGACGACGACGAUGACAUGGAGUCCUGCUGCUGCAUCGACGACGACGACGCUGCUCGCGCCAGCUCAUGCUUCUCGGAAGGUGAGUCGACCGAUCACGACGGCGGCCGUGAAGAAGAAGCCCAAGACGAAGAAGGUGACGGUGAUGACGGAGCUCCUGCGGAGGACUGCAGUACGUUAACGCGGUCAUCAUCGGGGGCGGAGGAGGAGGAGGAACGGGUGGUGGAUCCCGGAGAAGAGAACAGGCUAUUCUGGGAGACUUGCUUGGCUUCGGGAUAUCCUUAG